AGACGGCGCCACCCGGAAGCGGCGGCCGCGUCGCGCGGCUCGGGCGGGAUUUUGGGGGAAAUUAGGGCGAUUUUGGGGCAUUUUGGGGCAUUUUGGGGCUGGCGGAGCCCCGGGCGGGGCCAUGGCCGCCCCCGCCAGCGCGCAGAGCGCCAGCAAGACCUGGGAGCUGAGCCUGUACGAGCUGCACCGCACCCCGCAGGAGGCCAUCAUGGACGGCACGGAGAUCGCGGUGUCCCCUCGGUCCCUGCACUCGGAGCUGAUGUGCCCCAUCUGCCUGGACAUGCUCAAGAACACCAUGACCACCAAGGAGUGUCUGCACCGCUUCUGCUCCGACUGCAUCGUCACCGCGCUCAGGAGCGGGUUCUGCUCCGACUGCAUCGUCACCGCGCUCAGGAGCGGGAACAAGGAGUGUCCCACCUGCAGGAAGAAGCUGGUUUCCAAGCGCUCCCUCCGCCCCGACCCCAAUUUCGACGCGCUCAUCUCCAAGAUUUACCCGAGCCGCGACGAGUACGAGGCGCACCAGGACCGGGUGCUGGCCAAGCUCAGCCGCCUGCACAACCAGCAGGCCCUCAGCUCCAGCAUCGAGGAGGGCCUCAAGAUGCAAGCCAUGCACAGAGCCCAGCGCGUCCGUAAGAUGGCGGCCGAGUCGGACCCCGCGGGGUUCUCGGGGGGCGAGGAGGGGCUGGAGGCGCUGGGCACGCCCCCGGAGCCCCCCGGGCCCAGCCGGAAGCGUUCCCGCGCCUCCGACGACUCCGGGCCCGACCCCGAGGCCGAGACCGCGCCCGAGGGGGCGGGGCCCGGGGGCGGGGCCGGGGGCGGGGCUGGGCCCGGGGGGCGGGGCAGCCCCGAGGCCGAGGCGGAGGCGGGGAGCAGCGAGAUCGAGCUCGUCUUCCGGCCACACCCCCUGCUGGUGGAGAAGGGCGAGUACUGCCAGACACGGUUCGUCAAGACCACCUCCAACGCCACGGUGGAUCACCUGUCCAAGUACCUGGCGCUGCGCAUCGCCCUGGAGGAGGCCCCGCCCCCCGGGGCUGACCCCGCCCCCUCGCUGGGUGACGUCAGCGAGAAGCAGUACACCAUCUACACCACGCCCGCCGCCGGCGCCGCCUUCACGCCCCUGAACGGGUCGCUGACGCUGGAGUUGGUGAACGAGAAGUUCUGGAAGCUCAGCAAACCCCUGGAGCUCUACUACGCCCCCACCAAGGAGCAGAAAUAGCCAAAAAACGCCCCAAAAA